AUUUUAUCCGCUCACUGUUCGCUCCGAAGGCUAACUCAAGAUUGAUAACCUCAAUCGUUUCCCGAGGAUGUGCACUACAUAUCAGUCGGUACUACGCUAUCAAUUGCUUGGCUCUGUGAUUUCAUCCUAGAAUGGCAGCAGAAAUAGAACUGAAAAAAAGCCUCACUCAAUUCCGCUACAGCAACUAUGGCGGUGACGAAAUCGACUUUAUUGACGCAUUCUGUUUCGAUAUGGACGAAGACGAUCACAGAGAAAUAAUGUCGGUGAUGGGUGGAUCUCUUUUACGUCUUCCGGAUAGCUUAAAGGAUGACGUAUUGAGCACAUUUUUAAUUAAACAUCCAGAACUAAAAGAACAUAUCGAAGCAGAGAAGGAGAAAACGAAAAGAGAAAGUUUUGAGUUCGAUGUACUAAAGACUACCCGCUGGACCGAGUUUCAUCAGGAAUUCGUGAGAGAAUCGCAAUCGCUUGUCAGCAUUCCCUCAAUCUGCGAACCUGAUAAGCUCUGGGAGCUGGUGCGUCAUAAGCAGCGACCAAACUACGAGCUAGUACGCGCGCUGGCGAUACAGAAAUUAGGCAACGAUAUAAACAAUUGCCUGUACGUGCGCUAUGAGUUGACCAAGAGCAGCAUGCACGAUCAAAGUAUCAAAACAACAAACUUGGAGCAUUUUCACCUAUUCAGUUGGACAGAGGAUCGAUUCUUGGCCAGGCGGCAAUUGAAGGGCAUCGCUUGGCUGGAUAUAUUUGAAGCAUCUCUAAGCGAGAAACACUUGGAAGCCUUCAAGUUGCAGGUUGAUAUUUCAGAGCUGGCGCGACUAAUAAAGCCGCUUUUGUUGAGUUUUUACUCGGAAAAUAAGGAAUACGUAGCGAAUGCGGUGCGGAUGAUAGACGAUGCUCACAAACUGCUUGACAUGCACAAUACAAUCCAGCAAGAACUGAAGGACGGCGUGGCGUAUUUAUGUGAGAUAAUCAAUACGAUUACGAAUAUGUCAUUAAAACGUCGAAGUCAGGGCCGCGAUAUUGUCAAAAACUUUCUGGAAUUGGAAACAAUGGCAUCCUGGGUCCGAUAUCCCAUCGAGAAUCGUUAUCAGCUCAGAUAUUCGAAGGAAAGGGUCGCAGAAUGGAGGGAUCUCUGUGACAGCAAGGAAAGGCAACUGAGUUUGGAAUUGAGCAAAGCCAAAACGAAAUACAGCACAGAAAUGAAUUGCUUCCGGUUGAUGUUGCAGUCAAUGUAUAUAACGAUAGACGAAUACAAAAUUCGAAUUGCCACAAUGAGCGACGAAUAUGAUCGUCAAUUCAACGAAAUUAACGACAAAAAUAUAAAGUUGAAAAGUGAUAUCGAUAAGAUGGCGGUACAACGGAAGUUUAUGGAAGCAGAAAUGGAGUAUAUGAAAGUAAGAGUUCGAGAUAUAUUGGCGGAUGUUGAAAGCGAUAAAAAUACGUGA